AUGAGCCAUCCCGAAAUACGAUCAACUCCAAAAAGGUCAUUAUUAUCAUCAAAUCUAGCCAGGGAACAUAAUCAAUCUAAUCAACUUGGGGAUCAAACAUCGCUACCUCAACAACAUACUUUUUUCAAUAUUCAUGAAAUUAUAAAUAAUAAUAAUAAUAAUAAUAAUGAUGAAAUUAUACUAGAUCAUCCUGAACCUCAAUUACUAGCAAGUUCCGUAGGAAAAGAUAUAAAUGGGAAGUUAAUACCGUCAUCAUCUACAAUCUCAUUAUUAUCAUUAGGUCAAGAUUCUCAGUAUAGUCAACAACAACAACUCCAACAAUCUCAAAAUCAACAAAAUCAAGCACCAAUACUAAUACGUCAAAAUUCAAAUAAUAGAUCAUAUUUAAAUUUACAAAGAUUACAACAAUAUCAAAGAAUAUCACAACUGGAAAAUUUACCUACAAUAAAUUCAAUAAAUUCAGAAUAUAUAUCAAUACCAAACUCACCAAGUUUAGAUCCAACUUCAGUAGGUAAUUCACCUUCUAGAUUCUGGUUAUCUUCACAAACUCCACCUUACAAAAUAAAACCAAUAUAUCAAUACGUAACUCAUAGAAAUCCAACCACUAAUAAUAGUACAACUACACUAAAUAAUAUACAAGGAGAUAAAUCACCACAAUUAAACCCAGUUCAAACACCUUUGGAAGAUCCACCUAUGACUCCCCUUUUUUUGAACUCACAAACUAGAAUGGAUUACUUUGGACAAUUGACUGAACAAGUUGAAGAAGAAGAACAUGAAAAUGAAAAUGAAAAUAAUGUUGAUAAUGAUGAAAUUUUGGAAAUGGAAAAGGUUAAUUAA